AUGACCUCCUCAUUGCUCCUGGCCUUCCUGUUCCUGGCUCCAAACGCAGUGGCCACUCCCAGAGCUGACAGUCAGUGUCUGGCAUGUGGGGGGCCCGCCUUGGACCUGGAGAGCCAGCGGGAGCUGCUUCUUAACCUGGCCAAGAGAAGCAUCUUGGACAAGCUGCACCUCAGCCAGCGCCCAACACUGAGCCGGCCUGUGUCCCGAGCUGCUCUGAGGACUGCGCUGCAGCGCCUCCAUGGGUCCCCACAGGGGGCGCUUCCAGAAGCAGACAGGGGACAGGAGUAUGAGAUCAUCAGCUUUGCUGAGACAGGCCUCUCCAACAUCGACCAGACUCGUCUUGAUUUCCACUUCUCCUCUGAUAGAACUGUUGGUGGCCUGGAGGUCCAGCAGGCCAGCCUCAUGUUCUUUGUGCAGCUCCCUCCCAACACCACGUGGACUUUGAAGGUGAGAGUCCUCGUGCUCAGCCCACAUGCCACCAACCUCACCUUCGCCACUCAGCACCUGCUGGAGGUGGAUGACAGUGGUUGGCACCAGCUCCUCCUGGGGCCUGAAGCUCAGGCUGCCUGCAGCCAGGGGCACCUGAUCCUGGAGCUGGUCCCUGAAGGCCAGGUAGCCUGGAGCCCAGUCAUCCUGGGUGGGGCUGCCCAUAGGCCUUUUGUGACAGCCCGUGUAAGAGUUGGGGGCAAGCACCGCGUUCGCCGGCGAGGCAUCGACUGCCAGGGUAGGUCCAGGAUGUGCUGUCGACAAGAGUUCUUUGUGGACUUCCGUGAGAUUGGCUGGCACGACUGGAUCAUCCAGCCUGAGGGCUACGCAAUGAACUUCUGCACAGGGCAGUGCCCCCUGCACGUGGCAGGCAUGCCUGGCAUUGCCGCCUCCUUUCAUACCGCGGUGCUCAAUCUUCUCAAGGCCAACACCGCUGCGGGCACUGCCGGAGGGGGGUCAUGCUGCGUGCCCACUGCCCGGCGCCCCCUGUCUCUGCUCUACUAUGACAGGAACAGCAACAUUGUCAAGACUGACAUACCUGACAUGGUGGUAGAGGCGUGUGGGUGCAGUUAG